GAAAAAAAAUAAAGAAGGAAUUGGAAAAAGGCAAAGUGAGAUCUCUUCUGGUGAAGGUCAAUGCUCAUUUUUUAUUUUCUUUAAUUAUUUUUUUUGGAAAAAAAAUAUUUUUUUGGGGUGUAAAAAAUACGUCCUUUUUAAAAUCCUAGAAUCUUCGCCAUUUCUGGGUCCUUAAAAAGUUUUUUGUUUCCAUUCAUACUAUGUAUGCAUAUGUAGGAGGGAGGGGGAGAGAGAGAGUGUGAGUGAGUUUUUUGGGGUGUCCAAACGUGCAUUGUUUGAAAAAAAAAAUAAAAAUAAAAAAAAAGCUGCGGUUUUUAACGGUUUCCAAUCCAUUUUCGCAAUGCGCUCUGUUUUUGUGUAAUUUUAUUUAUUUUUUUUCGUUUUGAGGGAGAUCCAAACUCAAUGUGCGAUUCUCUUCCAAGUUGUUUGUUUUUAAGGGCUUUGUUUUUGAGAAUCCCAGUUCAAUAUGUAAAAGUUCUUUGAGAGAAAAAGAAAAAAGUUUGUGCAUUUUUGGACUGCAAACAGAGGCUACAGAGUAAAGAAAAGAGAGAGGGAGUGAGCAAUUACUUUUUUAUUUAUUAUUAUUAUUAUUUUUUUUCAGUUUUCAACUUCCUUGAAAAUUAUUCAUACUCUGAUAGUAUCCGAUUAGAGAAGGUACUAAAGUUGGCUUUUUUUUCUUUUUCUUUUUUUUAAAUAAAUAUUUUGGAAAGGAGAUUUAAAGAGUAGGAGGAAGUUUCUAUAGACUCUUAAAAUUUGUAUGUGGGGGGUUAGGAGUUUGAAACUGUAAAAGUAGCCAUGUUAUUGUUUUGUAUCUGUCCUGUGUGUCAUAUAUGAGGAAAGAGAACAAGAUAUAGGAUGUUCCAUUCAUAUUCCCUUGGGCUGAGUUUUGAAUAGUUUUGAUGUGGUAUGUAAAUUUUGGAUUUUCAUCGUAUACCCAUUUGGAAAGUUUUUCUUCGAGAUUGGUAUGUGACAAGAAUUUUCUGGAGUUUUGGAAGCAAAGGUUUACUGUCCUUUAAGGAGGGAUUGUUCAAAAUGUCAGAAAAUGCAGAAGAAAUGCGAUCUCUGGCCUUGACCCCAACAUGGUCAGUUGCUACUGUGUUGACAAUAUUCGUUGCCGUGUCUUUGCUUGUGGAGCGCUCAAUUCAUCGUUUAAGCAAUUGGCUACGGAAAACUAAUCGAAAACCCUUGCUUGAAGCAGUGGAGAAAAUGAAAGAAGAGUUGAUGCUGCUUGGAUUUAUAUCUCUCCUUUUAACGGCUACCUCAAGCAUGAUAGCUAAUAUUUGCAUUCCGUCAAAGUUCUAUGACAGCAAAUUUGCUCCGUGCACCAGGUCUGAGAUUGAUGAAGAAAUUGAAGAUAAUUCAUCCGAGGGCCGUAAACUAUUAAUGUCUUCUAUUCUCUCUCAUUCGUUUAGGAGAAUGUUGAAUGGAAUGGAUCGAAAUACCUGCAAAGAGGGUUAUGAGCCUUUCGUUUCAUAUCAAGGUCUAGAGCAGUUGCACCGCUUCAUCUUUGUUAUGGCAGUAACACAUAUAUCCUACAGCUGCUUAACUAUGUUGCUGGCAAUUGUGAAGAUCCACAGUUGGAGAGUAUGGGAGGACGAGGCUCACAUGGACCGGCAUGAUUCGUUAACUGAAAUUACGAGAGAGUUGACAAUGCGUAGACAGUCAACCUUUGUCAAAUUCCAUGCAUCAAAUCCUCUGCGCAAGAAUAACUUUCUUAUAUGGGUGACCUGCUUCUUCCGGCAAUUUGGGCGUUCCGUGGUUCGUGCGGACUACCUAACACUGCGCAAGGGCUUUAUCAUGAAUCACAACCUCACACUGAAAUAUGAUUUUCACAGCUAUAUGAUUCGCUCUAUGGAAGAAGAAUUCCAAAUGAUAGUUGGUGUGAGUGGUCCACUAUGGGGAUUUGUCGUGGCUUUUAUGCUGUUUAACAUAAAAGGUUCUAAUCUCUAUUUCUGGAUUGCAAUAGUACCAAUAACUCUAGUUCUUCUGGUGGGCACAAAGCUGCAGCAUGUUAUUGCGACCCUGGCAAUAGAGAAUGCUGAUAUAACUGGAUUUUUCGCUGGAGCAAAGCUGAGGCCAAGGAAUGAACUUUUCUGGUUUAAGAAGCCAGAGCUUUUGUUGUCCUUGAUCCAUUUUAUUCUAUUCCAGAACGCAUUUGAACUGGCUUCAUUCUUUUGGUUUUGGUGGCAGUUUGGGUACAAUUCUUGCUUUAUUCACAAUCAUUUUCUGGUGUAUCUAAGACUUAUUUUGGGAUUCGCUGGGCAAUUUCUUUGCAGCUAUAGCACCCUGCCAUUAUAUGCAUUGGUAACUCAGAUGGGAUCAAACUAUAAAGCAGCUUUAAUUCCCCAAAGGAUAAGGGAGACAAUCCAUGGAUGGGGAAAGGCAGCUAGGAGAAAAAGAAGGCAUGGCAUUUUCACUGAUGACUCAACCAUACAUACAGAUACAAGCACGGUGGUGUCAGUUGAGGAAUACGAUCAACAAAUGCUUGAUAACCCAGAAAAUGUUCCAAAUGAAUCUACUGAAAUUGAGUUGCAACCGGCUCCCAAUGAUUUGACCAUUCUUCCACCAGUUGCUAAUGAAACUUCAAGCAGGGUUGGUACACCCCUCCUCCGCCCAUCUUCUUCCAUAUCUUCACCGGCUGCUUUGAAUCUUCAGGCAGACAAUAUUACAAGAUCUGCUUCAAUGCCAAGUAGAAGGGGAUGAAGAACCAGAAAAUUUGACAAACCAUGGUGAUGAUUACAAAGAAAAAGAAGCAGAGAUCACAUAAAUUAAUCAGUGUAGACUAUAUCAAAACUGCUAGGAAAAGAGAACUGUAUUAAAAUGUGCUUUUCUGAGUUGAGGAAUUUGAACAGUCCAUUCCUUCUACUUUCUGAAAAAUUUGUAUUAAGGGUGUGAGUUAGGAAUACAUGUAUGUAAGUCAGUAACUAGUUGUAUCAUAAAUUUCCUAGAAUUAGUGUUAUGAAGCUUAAUAUGUAACAGCCUCAUGAAAUGUUACUUAAACAAACAAUUUUCACAUACAGUGGCAAUGAUCUGGAAUUUUAUACUA